AGAUGACCGUUGUAUAAACACAACAGAGCCUUGCUUCUCUAUAUCCGGUUUUCAUCUGCACUACCCACUGACAGUCACCUCACAAUCUACGUGUGCGAUUAUCCUGUGAGACAUAUACCGAGAGAAAGGAUCAAAAACCAUACAACACUCCCACUACCCAUCCCAUAACCUCACAUCAUGGCUUCCCAAGCUAGAGAUUCUAUCCCAGUGCCUCAAGUCCCCAUCAACGAAAAGUACAAAUCCCUCUUCGGAUUCAUCAACGCCUUUGUCCGCAAUUACAUGUCAAAAUACGACAACUCCCACGACUACAACCACAUCCUCCGCGUCGUCUCAAACGCAAACCGCAUUCUCCAAGCCGAACUCGCUCGCGACCCUUCCCUAACCUACGAUACCACAGCCCUCUUCCUAGCCGCCCUUCUCCACGACGUAGGCGACCACAAGUAUGUCCAACCAGGCCAAGAAUCCGAUUCCACCAUUCUGGAUAUCUUAGUCGAUCAUGGCUCGGGUUGGGAACUCGGUGUAAUCGUACAAAAAAUCGUUGACAACGUCUCUUAUUCACACGAGAUACGCGAUCCUGCAGCCACUGCAAAAGCUUUGGCAGCGCAUCCCGAACUAGCCAUCGUACAAGACGCAGAUCGUCUUGAUGCCAUCGGUGCAGUGGGGAUAGGACGUUGUUUUUCAUUUGGAGCGGCGAAGAUGCCAGACCAGCCAAUGGAUAGGGCGAUAGAGCAUUUUGGGGAGAAGCUGUUUAAGUUGGAGGACAUGAUGAAGACGGAGACUGGCAAAGAGAUGGCGAGGAAGAGGACUAAGGUCCUAGAGGAGUUUGCGAAGCAGUGGGAGAACGAGGCGAAAUUAAGUUUUGAGGUCUUGUAGUAGAUAUUGUUUGACUCGGACUGGAAACUCUGUCCAACGGAUGACUGGAGUUGAUGCCUACGUAGAUAUUACAACUCCGUAGUAACAUCACGAUGGACUACAUGGUAAAGGGGCUAUAUUACACUGGCAAGCUGGAGUAAAGGCGAGAAAUACAUCAUGUCGAAUGAUCCUGAUGAUGUUGAUCUGAACACAGUCAUGCAACGUAUACACAACUUUUACUACUUCAGCCGAACCACCUCGAGAAGGUAGUGACAGGCCUCCUCACGGGUACUGCGGCCCUUGGCAAGGCGGGUACGGAGCCAGCCGCUAUCGAUCGAGACCUAAGAUCAGCAACGUUGUUCCCCAACAUGUCCAGAUCUCGGUUGUCGGGAGCGUAGACGAUAGACGACGAAGAAAAGAAAUAUCGAACAUCAAGUCCGCGGGUCGUGACUUUUCAUCAUCCAAACGGUGUGCUGGUAUCUCGUAAACUCGGAAUAUACUCCGACAGAGUUUUACG